CUGUAACCACUUCAUUAUUCUGUCGCUGCAUCUUCCUCCAAACCAAACCAAAGAGGCUGCAUCCACCCGGCUUAUAAUAAGUCUCUAGUCUUGUGUUGUUUUUUUUUUAUUAUUAUUCAUAAGUUAUGUAGGAUGGCGUCGUGUUUUGGAAAAAUAGUGGUCGGUACUUAUGUGGAGAUAAAGCGGAGUGAUGGACGGAUACAUCAGGCAAUGGUUACCUCACUGAAUGAGGACAAUGAGAGCGUCACAGUGGAGUGGAUCGAAAAUGGAGACACAAAAGGAAAAGAGAUUGAUUUGGAGAGUAUAUUUGCACUUAAUCCAGAUGUGGCUCCAGAGGAGGAGACUGCCCCUAGCCCAGAGACUCCACCCCCUCCUACACCCACUUGUAUAAAAGUCAACAAAAUUGCAAAGAAUCGACGGACUAUAGCACCUAGUAAGAAUGAAACUCCGUCCAAAGACAAUAGAGCAAUUCCAACCCGGGCCAGACCAUCACAGCCUCAGCAACCAGAACCUGCUCCACCUCCACCAGUACCGCAGCCCACACAGCCCACUCAAGCCCAAACAAAGCAGGAACUGGCGAAUGAAUCCUCACAUCACCUGAUAUCCAGAAAGGAGUUUGGACAGCUUUCAAGGAGGAAGUCAAACUGUGUGAAGGAAGUGGAGAAAUUGCAGGAGAAAAGAGAAAGGCGACGGCUUCAACAACAGGAGCUCAGGGAGAGGAGAGCUCAGGAGGUGGAUACCACCAUCCCUAACUAUGAGAUCAUGUACAUGAUCAGAGAUUUCCGAGCCAGUCUAGACUACCGGCCUCUGACCACGGCAGAUGUGAUUGAAGAGCACAGAAUAUGUGUUUGUGUGAGGAAACGUCCACUCAACAAGAAAGAGCUGGCCAUGAAAGACUUGGAUGUGAUCACCAUUCCCAGUAAAGAUGUAGUGAUGGUUCAUGAACCUAAACAAAAAGUGGACCUGACCCGCUACCUAGAGAACCAGACCUUCCGCUUUGACUACGCCUUUGAUGACAGCACAACGAACGAGAUGGUUUACAGGUUCACUGCCCGACCUUUAGUUGAGACCAUUUUUGAGCGAGGCAUGGCCACCUGCUUUGCCUACGGGCAAACAGGCAGUGGGAAAACACAUACAAUGGGUGGAGAUUUCUCUGGGAAAAACCAAGACUGUGCUAAGGGGGUUUAUGCAUUAGCUGCUCGGGAUGUAUUUGUCAUGUCGAAGAAACCCGUCUACAAGAAGUUAGAUCUGCAAGUGUAUUCAACUUUCUUUGAAAUCUACAGUGGAAAGGUGUUUGACCUGCUGAAUCAUAAAGCUAAACUAAGGGUGCUGGAAGACGGGAAACAGCAAGUGCAAGUUGUGGGACUUCAGGAGAAAGAGGUCAAGUGCACAGAGGAUGUGUUGAAACUUAUCGAAAUGGGAAAUAGCUGCAGAACAUCAGGACAGACCUCAGCCAACGCUCACUCAUCUCGGAGCCACGCCGUAUUCCAGAUCAUCCUUCGGAGGAAGGGGAAGAUGCAUGGGAAGUUCUCCCUCAUUGACCUUGCAGGGAACGAGAGAGGGGCUGACACAUCAAGUGCCGACCGGCAGACUCGGCUGGAGGGAGCUGAGAUCAACAAAAGCCUAUUGGCCCUCAAGGAAUGUAUCAGAGCUCUUGGUCGUAACAAGCCUCAUACUCCGUUCAGGGCCAGCAAGCUUACCCAGGUCCUGAGAGACUCGUUCAUCGGGGAAAAUUCACGCACAUGCAUGAUUGCAACCAUCUCUCCUGGCAUGACAUCCUGUGAGAACACACUCAACACUCUACGCUACGCCAACAGAGUGAAGGAGUUUGGGAUUAGUCCGUCAGACAUCCCCUUCUCCCAGGGCGGUCAGGGAAGUCGCCCUGAGCACUCGCCCACCAAUACCUUUGAGUUCGAUGACUUUGCUGCUACUUCUCCCAGCAGGGUGAAGGAGCUGACAGUGGACCCCAACCAGGUGAUAGAUGGGGUACGACCCAACAUCCACGCUGUCAACCAGGUGGAGCUUCUGGACGAUGAGUGGCUGAGCAUGUCGCCACAACGGGAUGACCUCAAACUGCUCUGUGAGCAAAAUGAGGAGGAAGUGUCUCCUCAGCUCUUCACCUUCCACGAGGCCGUGUCUCAGUUAGUGGAGAUGGAGGAGCAGGUUCUUGAGGACCACCGAGCCGUGUUCCAGGAGUCUAUCCGGUGGUUGGAAGAUGAGAAGGUGCUUUUGGAGAUGACCGAGGAAGUGGACUAUGAUGUGGAGUCGUAUGCCACGCAGUUGGAGCAGAUCCUUGACCAGAAGAUAGAAAUUCUUAUUGAGCUCCGAGAUAAAGUGAAGUCAUUCCGUUCGACGCUGCAGGAGGAGGAGCAAGCCAGUAAGCAGAUCAACCCCAAGAGGCCACGUGCUCUUUAGAGGCUGGAGGGGGAAGAGAUUUAGGUGGUACAUACGGAAGAAUAACCCCUAGAUGUUUGGCACAACUCUAGCUGUCACUAGCAGCUGUGAGAACACCAGUAAAAAGACUGUCUAACAAAUCAACAAACAAAGGAAUUGCAUUUGUUAUAAUCCCCUCCUAACAGAUUCUCUCACUCACUCUGUUCUUGUUAGAAGUCUCUCGAAGGAAAAUCAUUUCCUUCCAUUUUAGCUGAUUUUUUUUUUUUUGUUUCCUCCUGGAGAAUAGUUUACUUUUGCUGUUCUUAAAUUAUUUUUAUUUUAUACUUGUUUAUACUUAUUUUAGCAGAAUAGGUUUGAACUGAAGACGAAAUUGAAGAUGUUCAAAGUUUACCACACAACCAGUAUUUUGGUUUCUGGUAUGUCUGGCCGACGUUUCUGCAUGUGCACUCUGUGAUAGCUUAAGUACAACCGCAGUUUAGGACUCCUCCGUGGCGUUGUGAAGUCAUAUUCCUUUGUACUUGGUCUCUUCUCUUUUGCUUCCUUGAUUUUUUUACCAGUUUGGAAGAAGUCUUGAACUACAUUGUUUUUCUUUCCUCGUUUCCCGGAGAGGUUUUUACAUGUAGUUUGUUUCGGUUUGUGCCAUGUCAGUUUGGCAACUCUUACUUCAUUCAAAACAUGUUUUCCACCCAUUUAACUCUUUGCUAUAAAAAAAAAGAAAGAAGAAACUAGAAAAGCUAUUAAUAAAUGUAUAGUGAAGAUCACUGACCUAAUGUUGUUUUUCAGUGUUUGCACCAGAUGUAAUGCUGGAUGAAGUAAUAAAAAAAUGUUUCAUUUGAA